GGAAGAACGCCUGAGGAUCAUGGCCAGCGUCGAACUGACUGAGCUGGAGACAGCCAUUGACAAAAUCGUCUGCGCCUUCUUCACGUGUGCCAGCCGCGAGGGCAAGAAGAACACACUGACGGUCAAUGAGUUCAAGGAAUUAGUCAACACCCAGCUCCCGAACCUCAUGAAGGACGUUGUCGAUCUCGACGAGAAGAUGAAGACCUUGGAUGUCAACAAUGACCAGGAGCUGAAAUUCAACGAGUUUUGGAGGCUCAUUGGGGAGCUGGCCAAAGACAUCAAGAGGGAGAAAGUGGGGAGAAAGAAGUGAGCAG